UAAUACAUCCCCGAAAAAGAACUCAACUACAAAAAUUCCAAAGCCCACAAAACAAAUUUUGCUUUUUCAAUCUUCUCAAAAAUGAAACUAAAACAAACCAAGGUGAUGUUUUUCUUGUUAGUCCUAAUCUCUGCAUUAAUAUUCUGACAAUCGAAAGCUCAGAAAAAUUUGUGUUCGAGAACCAACAUAGACUUUAUACCAGGAUGUUUCCAUGCGUUGCAAUUAGCAUAUAACAAAAAUUACAGUCGCCUAACAAGAAAUUGUUGCAGAGCAGUGUUCUCACUUCCUACUACUUGUGUCUUGCUUGUCUAUCCUGGAAAAACUUACCCUAUUACCACCUUCAGAUUAAUUUGUAUUUAUAGCGAUCCUCCUCCAGCAAGUUCUCCAUCAAUUCUAUAAGUUUUGUUUAUCUCUUAAUAAUAUAAUAAUAAAAUAAUCAUAUUUUAAUAUGUACAAUGUAUACAUUUCUCAUCUGUUGGGAACUAGUUUAUAAUUUUGAUUCCAAAAAUGAUAAAUCAAGUGAUUAUAAUUAUAUUUUUUUAGCCACAUUCUGCUGAAAUUCAUGUUAACACUUGUUUAAUUAAUAGAAGUCCACAA